CUUUUAACUAUUGGCUUAAAGGUCUCGUUAUCAGGCCAUAAAAUUAAAAAAAAAUCUUUUAACUAUUAAGUUUUAACUCUUAUGAGCUCGAGUCGGGAGCAACACAAGAUAUAUGUACUUGCAUUAUUUAAGUAAUCUAACCUAAUUACAUAAUGUCUAACAAAAAGUAUGGCCUCAUUAUCCCUGAGAAAUCACAUCUGCCAACAUUCCAGGCAUCACGUAAUGUUUUUGGGAAUGAUUCUGACUCGGAAGAUGAAUUUAAGAAAAAACAUGUUCUAUUGAAAUCAAGUGAUGCUUCUAUAAGACAGAGCAAAAUCGAACAAAAAAAGGCUAUACUAGAAGAUCCAACUGUUUACCAAUAUGAUGAGAUUUAUGAUUCUAUGGUUAUACAAAAGGAAAAUAAAGCAAUUAAGAGUAAAGAGAACAAAAAUCCUAAAUAUAUAGAAAACCUAUUAAAAACUGCCAAUAAAAGGAAAAUAGAGAAUGAGCGGAGGAUUGAGAGACAAAUACAAAAAGAGAGAGAACAGGAAGGUGAAGAAUUUGCUGAUAAAGAAGUUUUUGUUACAUCAGCUUAUAAAAAAAAGCUUGAAGAACUGCGACUAGAAGAAGAAAAAGAAAAACGAGAAGAAUAUUUAGAAAAAAUUGGAGAUGUUACACAACAACAAGAUUUGGGUGGAUUUUAUAGACAUCUUUAUGAGCAAAAGCUAGGUUUUGAUAGACCUCAAAAAGAAGAUAGUAAUGAAAAAUCUGAAGAAAAACAGUCUGAACUUUAUAUUGAGAAAUUUCAAGGAAAUAAAUCUGACAGCUCACCAGUUUCUAAGAAAAGGAACUAUAGAAAACAAAGGAAAUCAUCACAUGGUGCUAAUAUAUCAGAGGGUGAGAUAGAAGAUUCUGACAAUGAAAUAAAUAAGAAAAAAUCUAAACAGACAGAAGUAAAUAUUGAUGCAGAUUCAGACUUCUCAAUUGACGAAUCUAGUGAUGAUGAACAAAAGCCAAAGACUCCUAGUUCAAAACCAACUGUUGAAAAUGAAUUUAAAAAACCUGAUAAUAUUGAAGCUAAAGGUGGAGGAGCUGACAGCAAAGUUGAAACAAAACUUAAAGAAAAAAUUAAAUCUAAGCUUGAUAUUUGGAAGAAGAGAACUGUUGGAGAAGUAUAUGAUCAGGCUUUAAAGAGGUAUUAUGAGAGGAAAGCAGCUAGAGGAAGUUAAGAAAAUAUAUUUGAAUUUUAUUUAAGAAUUUAAUAAUUGUAAAACUAGGUAAAAUAUUUUAUAUGUAU